AAAAAAAAAUAAAAUAAAAUAAAUAGAAUUUAUUAUACGGAGAAAAAAAAAUCUUAUUUAGUAUAAAGAAUGAAUUAAUGGAACAAAUGCAGCAGAGCAUUUCUAAAUAACCUUAAUUACUAUAAUAAACAAUGCUAUGCUCCAUAAAGAUGAAUCAUAAAGGCUACAUAUUUAGAGUAAAGAGAGGGUUCAAGCAUCUUUACUUAUCCCUUUUAUUUUCCAUUCUUAAACGGUAUAGGCCCGAGAUUAAAUCUUUAUUUUAUACUGAUAAGCUGAUGGGAAAUCAAAAAUUCGAGAUAUAAUUGCUUAGGCAUUCCUUCGAAAGUUAUAAAGAAUUACGCUUACCAUUUAAUCAUCUUCUCCUCCCCUCCUUUUUUUUUGACUACUAGAACACUAUAGAUGUUGUGGAAAAGUGCCUUACAACACUCAUCAUACUCAAACUUGAUAUAUUCUUGACAACCUUUUUUUUUUUUUUAAA